AUGCAGGGCGCCUUCUCCUCCCCCGACACACACAAGUACUCCGUCAUCCUCCCCACCUACAACGAGCGCAAGAACCUCCCCGUCGUCGUAUGGCUCCUCGCACGCGUCUUCCAGCAAAAUGAUUUGGCGUGGGAGAUCAUCGUCGUCGACGAUAACAGCCCGGACGGCACGCAGGUCGUCGCCGCCGAGCUCGCUCGCGUCUACGGCGAGGACAAAAUCGUCCUCCGCCCGCGCGCCGGGAAACUCGGCCUCGGGACGGCGUACAUCCACGGGCUCGACUUCGUCACGGGGGACUUUGUGAUCAUCAUGGACGCCGACUUUUCGCACCACCCCAAGUUCAUCCCGCAGUUCAUCCGCCUCCAGCGGGCGCACAACCUCGACAUCGUGACGGGCACGCGCUACCGCUCGACGGCGACGCCCGCGAUGCCGGGCGCGCAGCCGGGGGGCGUGCACGGCUGGGACCUGAAGCGCAAGAUCGUCUCGCGCGGCGCGAACUUCCUCGCGGACACCGUGCUCAGCCCCGGCGUGAGCGACCUCACGGGGAGCUUCCGGCUGUACAAGGUCGCGGCGCUGCGCCAUGUGAUCACGCUGACGGUCUCGCGGGGGUACGUGUUCCAGAUGGAGAUGAUGGUGCGCGCGCGCGCGCUGGGGUACACGGUCGGCGAGGUGCCGAUCACGUUCGUGGACCGGCUCUUCGGGGAGAGCAAGCUCGGCGCGGACGAGGUCGUGCAGUACGCGAGGGGCGUCUGGGCGCUGUUCACCUCUGUGUAGCACGCGUGUUUUGUUUUCGCUGUGUAUUACUCGUGAUAAAAAAAUAGUCUCGUAGG